GUUUAAGAACAGAGAGAGUAACAUUCUAGAAAACAUUAAAUUAAAUAUAUGAUUCAUAUGCAAAGAUGUCAAAAUUAUUGUUUUCGGUGCAAUAUAUACUGUAACAAAUUGAAAUUGCCAAACAGUUGCACUAGAUACAAUAGAGUGACAUGACUUGUCUGACAAGGACAACAAAAGAAGCCGACUCUUCCUUUCAUUUUAUAUUUUCCUCUUUUCACAUUAUCAAUCUUUAUAUUAUCUUUCUAAAUUUUGCAAAAAAAUUCCCGUCAAUAUUCACACAUUUAUCUUCUCUCUAUAUAAACCACACUAAGUUUACAUCUCUCUUACAAGAACUAGUUUGAAGCAACAAACUCAAAUCAAAGAAUUGUCCGGAAAAAAAUAAAAACGAUGCCGGCGAACAACACACCGUUCCUCACCAUCUUUCUCCUCUUCCUCGGUUUACUCCGGUUCGAUUCAUUUCCCUGUUUAGAAGCAGCAACCGGAAAAUUAGCUUCGGUUCCGGGAGUAUACGUGUUCGGAGAUUCGUUGGUUGAUGCCGGAAACAAUAAUUACUUACCAAUUUCGAUAUCCAAAGCUAAUUAUCUACCCAACGGCAUCGAUUUUCCUGGCAAGAAAGCCAGCGGAAGAUUUUGUAACGGCAAAAACGCCGCCGACGCUAUCGCUGAGAAAUUUGGAUUACCACUCCCGCCGCCGUAUCUCUCACUGAAAAAUCCAUUCAAGAAGAAGGAGAAAAAAUCCGCUGCCGUCACCGGUGUGAAUUUUGCUUCUGGCGGAGCCGGCAUCUUCAACAGUUCCGACCAAAAAUUUGGACAAGGUAUUCCUCUAUCAUACCAAGUGAACGAUUGGCUCUCCAUUCGCCAAGAACUCAUGAACCAGCUUCCACUAUCCGAAGCACAAACUCACCUAUCCAAAUCUAUAUUCACUGUGGUCAUUGGAAGCAACGAUCUUUUCGACUAUUUUGGAUCCAUGAAACUUCGACAAAACACCAAUCCUGAACAAUAUGCACUAUCAAUGGUUCUUAAACUCAAAGAGCAAUUGAAGAGAAUUUACGAUAGUGGAGCACGUAGAUUCCUAGUAAUCGGAGUAGCACAGAUUGGUUGCAUACCGGGGAAAAGAGCCAAGGACACGACGAUCCAUGAAUGCGACCAAGAGGCAAACACGUGGUGCUCUUUUUACAAUGAAGCUCUAGUAAAGAUGCUGCAACAACUCAAACAAGAGUUGCAAAGCUCAAUGACUUACUCUUACUUUGAUAACUACAAGUCCUUACAAGACAUUAUCUCCGACCCUGCCCGUUACGGUUUUACUGACGUGACAUCAGCGUGUUGUGGAAAAGGGAAAUUAAACGCGGCUACUCCUUGCAUUCUAGGCGCGAGUCUUUGUUCAGACAGAACAAAAUAUCUCUUCUGGGAUCGCUACGGUCAUCCCACGGAAGCUGCUGCACGGACCUUCGUCGAUCUUAUGCUUGCUGAUGAUUCACAAUACUCAUCUCCUUUAACUCUCACUCAACUGGUGUCUUCUUGAGAUCAAUAUAUAUAUGGCUUUGCUUCGAAAGAGAUAUCAAAUAUAGAAAAUUAAAUUGAUUCGGGAGACUUGAUUUAUAAUAAAGUAUACGUACUAUUGUUAGCAAUCAAAUAAGUAUUCAUUCAUUUACUAUCUUUUCUCUAGUUAAGUGCUCAGCAAAUGGGUUGUAACCAAAUUGGUACAUUAGUACUUAGUUUGUUCGCGGCUUGGUUGCAUUCCCUUGGCUUGAUAUCGGAGAAAUUGUCGCACAAG